AUGUGUGGGCCUUUGAAUUUCUUGUGGGAGGUCAUCUCAAGAGUUGCCAUGAGUACAAAAAUCGAAAGUCGAAUAAACGAGAAACCAGUUGGGACGACGAAAAAUGAAAACAACAAGAUUCCGAAAAUGAAGAAAGUGACAAAGGUGACAAAGGUGACAAAGGUGACAAAACCUAAGACAUCAAGAAAAAAGAUUUUGGAAUCACCCUUGAAGAAAACAGCCUUACCAGUCCUAGAGGUGGAGAAAAGUAUUAAACUGAAUGCCCAACAGCUCAGGGAGAGGAUCGACAAGUUAGCCACUGAAUUUGAAGAUAACAAGGGGAUAAAAUAUCUCAACUUAAAGGAGUUUGAAGAAUGUGAGAGCAUUCAAAAGGAUAUUCUUCAAUGUAUAAAUAAAUCACGGAAAAUAGCCAUCUUGACGGGUGCGGGUAUAAGCUGUAACGCAGGGAUACCCGACUUCCGAUCUGACAAUGGGUUAUACAAUAAGAAGCUCAAUGAGCGCAAUGUCAGGAUAAAAAUGAAGGGGAAAGACAUGUUUGAUGUAUCUGUUUAUCGAUCAUUGGAAACAGUUGAGAUAUUUAACAAUUUCAUCUAUGAGCUUUAUCAGCAAGUUUUGCAAUGUAAACCUACUAGGACACACGAAUUUAUUAGAAAACUAAAUGACAAGAACAAACUGAUCAAAUGCUAUACUCAAAAUAUCGAUGGUUUAGAGAGAAACUGUGGAUUACGAACAGAAUUCGAUUGUAAAGAUUGGAACAAUAGUGACGUUAUUCAACUCCAUGGUGAUCUACAUCAAUUAUGCUGUAAUUCCUGCAAGUUCAGUUACCAGUGGAAUGAGAUCUAUGAUGAAAAAGGUAAUGUUAAGUUUGAGAGAACAUGUGCAAACGAGGAACCUGCCAGCGACAUUGGUAGUGGAGAAGAAAAUGAUGACUUGCUAAUAUUUUCACAAACCACCAAUAUGAGCGACAGUCAAAAUUCGAUUUUCUCAAAAAAGGGGGAAAAUGAUAGUAUGAGUAGUGUCUGUGAAAUGGAUACCAAGGAAAAGUGGGAUGAUAACCAUAAGAGCAACUUGAUUGAAUGUCCGAAAUGUGUCAAUAAUUACGAAAACAAAAUGAGGUUGGGGAAGAGAUGUCUUGAAUCAAGUAUUGGGAUAAUUAGACCAAAUAUAGUUUUGUAUGGGGAAGAACAUCCCUAUUCAGAGACAUUUGCCAAGAAUUUAAAUAAGGAUUUGAAUAAGAAACCCAAUAUUCUCUUAAUUUUCGGAACGAGUUUAAAAGUGGAAGGUGUUAAAAACUUAGUUAGGAAGAUGAGUAAGAAGAUUCAUGAGAAUGACAAAGGCAUGGUCAUUUUGGUCAACAAAGACCCCAUCAGUCAGUCAUCAUGGAAAAACUAUAUUGACUUCCAGGUAGUGAGUGACUGUGAUGCCUUUUGUGAAUUAAUUGAGAGCAAACUACCCAAUAUAUUUGGAAAUAUUGUAUCGAGCGAAUCACGGAGAUAA